AUGGUCGGAAUCGGUCCUAAGCGCCCCCCAUCCCGCAAGGGUUCGAGGCACGAAUUGCCUCAGAAUCUCCUGCAGCAGAUCAAGGAGCUCGAGGAUAUCUUCACCGUUGAUACGGCCAGGUUGAAGCAAGUGGUGGACCAUUUCGUCAAGGAACUGGAGAAGGGUCUCAGCGUCGAGGGUGGAAACAUCCCCAUGAACGUUACCUGGGUGAUGGGUUUCCCCGACGGCGAUGAGCAAGGAACCUUCUUGGCCCUGGACAUGGGUGGCACCAACCUGCGUGUCUGUGAGAUUACCUUGACCAAGGAGAAGGGUGCUUUCGACAUCACUCAGUCCAAGUACCGCAUGCCCGAGGAAUUGAAGACCGGCACCGCCGAGGAGCUGUGGGAGUACGUUGCCGACUGUCUCCAGCAAUUCAUCGAAUACCACCACGAGAACGAGGACUUGGCCAAGCUGCCCCUAGGUUUCACCUUCUCCUACCCCGCUACCCAGGAGUACAUCGACCACGGUGUCCUGCAGCGGUGGACCAAGGGCUUCGACAUCGACGGUGUUGAGGGCCAGGAUGUUGUUCCCCCACUCGAGGAGAUUCUCAAGAAGCGGGGUCUUCCGAUUAAGGUUGCUGCCUUGAUCAACGACACCACCGGAACUCUGAUCGCCUCUUCCUACACGGACUCCGCCAUGAAGAUCGGUUGUAUCUUCGGAACCGGUGUCAACGCCGCCUACAUGGAGAACGUGGGCUCCGUGCCCAAGCUGGCCCACAUGAACCUCCCCGCUGACCUGCCGGUGGCCAUCAACUGCGAGUACGGUGCUUUUGACAACGAGCACAUUGUUCUGCCCUUGACGAAAUACGACCACAUCAUCGACCGCGACUCGCCUCGUCCGGGCCAGCAGGCGUUCGAGAAGAUGACCGCGGGUCUUUACCUGGGUGAAAUCUUCCGUCUGGCCUUGCUGGAUCUCUUGGAGAGCCGGCCCGGUCUGGUCUUCCGUGACCAGGACACCUCGCAGCUGCGCAAGCCGUACCUGCUGGACUCGUCUUUCCUGGCGGCCAUCGAGGAGGACCCCUAUGAGAACCUGCAGGAGACGGAGGAGCUGAUGGAGCGCAAGCUGAACAUCAAGGCCACGCAGGCGGAACUGGAACUGAUCCGUCGCCUGGCCGAGCUGAUCGGAACGCGCGCGGCUCGCCUGUCGGCAUGCGGUGUGGCCGCCAUCUGCAAGAAGAAGAACAUGGAGUCGUGCCACGUGGGCGCGGACGGUUCCGUCUUCACCAAAUACCCUCACUUCAAGGCCCGUGGAGCGCAGGCGCUGCGCGAAAUCCUCGACUGGAAGCCGACCGAGCAGGACAAGGUGUCCAUCAUGGCGGCCGAGGAUGGAUCCGGUGUGGGCGCCGCCCUUAUCGCUGCGUUGACUCUGAAGCGCGUCAAGGCGGGUAACCUGGCUGGUAUCCGCAACAUGGAGGAAAUGAGGACAUUGCUGUAA